UUAUAAAGUGAAUGCCAACAAGAGAUCAAGACGUUGGAUUGUUUCAGUAUUUCCCUGGUACGCCCUAGACUAUUAUGAAGGUUUUGAUCCUGUUGUCUAUUUUUGCGGCUUCGGCCAUUGCAUUGCAGAAGCGCUAUGAUGGCUACCAGCUAUUCCAGGUAACCCCUAAGGACAGAGCAUCAUACGAUGCACUUGUUCAGCUCUACGAGCAAAGCGAGGAUUACGAUUUCUGGGUUGCUCCGCGUGGCAUUGACAUCUCUAUGGACGUCAUGGUUCCUCCAGCACGCGUUGCCACCUUUAUCGAGCUCAUGCAUGCUUUCCGUAUGGAGUACCGCGUCAAGAUGAUCGACGUCCAGACUGUUCUCGAUAUGGCGCGCGAAGAACGAGCUCAGAUACCCCGCGUUGCCACUCCUCGCUACUCAGUUGACUGGAACAGCUACUACGACUUCAACGCAAUCUCGGCAUUUGUUAACGAGAUCGCUGCUGCCCAUCCUAACUUUGUCACAGUUUCCAGCAUCGGCAGAUCUCAUGAAGGACGAGAUAUUCCUUUGGUAAAGAUCUCUUCUGGUGGAGCUGGCAAGAAAGCCAUUGUCAUCGAUGGUGGUAUUCACGCUCGUGAGUGGAUUUCGCCCGCCUUCGUUACUUGGCUGAUCAACGAGCUUGUUGAGAACUACGCUGCCCAUCCGCAAUACGUUGACAACGUAGACUGGUACAUCAUGCCCGUCAUCAACCCAGAUGGUUACCAGUAUACCUUCGCACCUUUGGGCGAUCGCUUGUGGCGUAAGAACCGUAGACCUAAUAACAACGGAAUUGGUGGCAGUAGCUGCAUGGGAACAGAUAUGAACCGAAACUUUGGUUUCCACUGGAACGAGGGAGGAAGCUCUGCUAACGGAUGCUCAGAUACUUUCCAUGGUGGCGCCGCUUUCAGCGAGGUUGAAUCGCAACAUGUUCGUGAUGCUAUCCUCGGCGUUGCUAAUCAGGCUCAGAUUUACCUAACCUUCCACGCUUAUGGGCAAUACUGGCUGACACCAUGGGGUUACACCUCCGCUCUGCCAAGCGACUACACUCAGCUUUACAAUUUGGCUGUCUCAGCUGUUAACCAAUUGACUGCAGUCUACGGAACAAGAUACACCAUUGGAUCCUCUACCAACGUUCUCUAUGUCGCAUCUGGAGGCAGUGAUGACUGGGCUAAGGGUGGAGCUGGAAUCCCAUUCUCCUACACCGUUGAGAUGCGCGAUGAAGGUCUCUACGGAUUUGAGCUUCCCGCUCGGCAAAUUAUCCCCAACAAUUUGGAGGUUUGGGAGGCCAUUAAGGUGAUGGCUGAAUCACUUUUCUAAAGAUACAAGAACUGGACCAGCAUCAAUUCCAUUUGGGCUGGUAGAAAAAUAAUUGGCGUAACAUUCACUAAAACACUGUUUUUAAUAAUUACGUAAUACACAAAUAUCCAUUGCAAA